GAUUGAAAUACUGGUCAUGUUAACCUGGAAUGAAGUAAGGACCACUCACCCGGAAUUCUAAGCAUCCUUGUUUUCUAGACAACCGACCUCGGGAACGCGGUUUCCAAAGCUGGAUCAUCGACAGGAAACACCAAUAGUCGAUUAUCAUGUGGGUGGGAUGGAUUCUGGUCCUCGUAUUCUUCCUUGUCCUUGCCGUUACAGAAAGCCAUACAAGAUUUACCUUUAAUCUAUUCAAUGCCUCAACCCUCGACUUAUUCGGAAAUGCUUCGGUGCAUUCCAAUGUUGUCUCCCUCACCAGUGAAUCACAGUACCUCUUCGGUCGUGCUUUAUACCCUCUACCUGUGAGAAUGAAAAAUACAACAUUUCGUUCAUUCAGCACCACAUUUGUGUUCAGCAUGGUACCUUAUUCUUCAGAUCAUUCAAGAAGCGGCCAUGGAUUGGCUUUUAUGAUGACCCCUCACAAGUCCCCUGUCGGGGUUUUACCAACUGAGUUUCUGGGUUUGCUUAAUCUUUCGAGCAACGGACAGCCCUACAAUCAUCUGUUUGCUGUCGAGUUUGACACAAUCAAGAACGAGGAAUUCCAAGACAUCAACGACAAUCAUGUGGGUGUGGAUAUCAACGAACUCAGCUCUAAGGAGUCCAAGCCUGCUGGUUAUUGGAUUAGCAAAAGAGAGUUCCAAGAUUUAGAUCUCAAAAGUGGACAGAAUAUUCAAGCUUGGAUUGAUUAUGAUCAUCUUGAACAGGAGCUCAAUGUCACCAUUGUAAAAGCCGGUUCGCCUAGGCCGGAAAAGCCUCUUAUAUCUCUGAGAGAACUCAAUCUGUCGGCCAUUCUCGAAGAAGAAAUGUAUGUUGGUUUCUCUGCUGCUACAGGAACUUAUGUUGAAGACCAUUAUAUUCUUGCUUGGAGUUUCAGUACAAAUGGAGCAGCUUCUCCCUUGGAUACAACUCAUCUUCCUUCAUUCCUUCAUAACCAGACCGUAAACAUUGGACUGAUAGCUAUUGUUAGUCUGAGUCUCACUGUGGUAAUCUUGGUAAUGGUUGUGGGUCUUCUGCUAUGGUUGAAGAGAAGAAAGCGUAGGAAUUCUGUUGAAGAAUGGGAGUCUGGAUAUUGGCCUCACAGAUACAGCUACAGGGACCUGUCUAUUGCAACAAAAGGAUUCAGAGACGACCAAAUUUUGGGCUCCGGAGGAUCCGGCCGUGUUUACAAAGGUGUUCUUCCUGGUACUGGGCUCCAAGUUGCGGUUAAAUCUAUCUGUCAAGAGAAAGCAAAGGAAUUUGUAGCAGAAAUUUCUAGUUUGGGUCGUCUCAAGCACCGGAACCUUGUCCAGAUCAGAGGCUACUGCAGGCGAAGAAAAGAGUUAUUUGUAGUUUACGAUUACAUGUCCAACGGAAGUCUGGACAAUCUGAUCUUCCAGAAUCCGAACGGACUUCUGGCAUGGGGGCAACGGUUCAAAAUUCUGAAGGAUGUGGCGGCUGGAUUGCUGUAUCUUCACGAAGAAUGGGAGCAAACGGUAGUACACAGAGACAUCAAAACCAGCAACAUUUUGCUGGAUGCAGAUCUGAAUGGAAAAUUUGGGGAUUUUGGGCUUGCUCUCUUGUAUGAACAGAAUGAAAAUCCACACACAAGCCGAGUAGUGGGAACACCUGGAUACAUCGCCCCGGAAUUCAUAAACACAGGAAAAGCUAGUACCAGCACGGACGUGUUCAGCUUUGGCGUGGUGAUGUUGGAGGUUGCUUGUGGAAGACGGGCUGUUGAUGCCGCCCAAAUCGUAUUGGUUGAUUGGGUGCGACUGCUCUAUGGGAAUGACCGGUUGUUGGACGCAGCCGACCCCAUGCUCGGUGGUGAUUACGUUGAGGAUGAGAUGGAACGUUUGUUGAAAUUGGCAAUCCUAUGUUGUGAUCCUCGUCCACAAGCAAGACCUGGCAUGAGGCAGCUGGUUGAGAUACUUGAGGACCAAGAUUCUCUUCCGCCCUUUCUUCCGCUUCCGUUUUCUUACGGAGAAAUCGGUUCCAUCUAACCUGCACCCGGUUUAACGGUCUUCUAUCAUUUCAUUUACAUAUAACGACUGUUUUGACGGAAAACACAUGGUUUCUCCCAUAAUAAAAUUUGAGUUUCCUACAUUUGUGUUCACACUCAAAAGCCAGGAUACAAAUACUGGACUAUUUUGUUAUACAGCAAGUUCAAGGCAGCGAGGUUGUCCCUUCGGCUGUUGACUGUAUAUAUUUAGAAGUAGAAGUGAAGAUGAAGAUCAUUUCAUCUUCAUCUCAAUCGAAUAAAUCCUCACCUGUAAUUUUAUUUACCAUUUUAUUUUUCUACAAAUUUGGUGAAUUAUAAUUAGGGUAAGAGUAUCCUUUAUUUCGUGGAUUCUAAGUAUCUAUAUAUUAGACCAGAUUGUUGAU